ACUCUAAUUGCACAACAAAACGCAUGAGUACAACUUCGUUUCAGAUUCUAAUUACCAUGGAAUAAUGGCUUCAUAUUGAAAAUCAAAUUCUACUCGAAUCGGCUCUAAAACCCGACAGAAAAGCGUGGAUACUGUAAAUUACUGGCCGAUUUUACGUCGGGGAAAGGGAACACCAAAAGGCGAAAGUAAGCGAGGCCUUGGUUGGCGCGAAAUUGAAGCGAAGACUGCAAUUUCAGGGCGAAUGACAACUAGUCCCUAUGAGUAGGCUUCACCAAUGGCUUCCACAACCUCUGAGACCAGCACCACAUCUUCAAACAUCACAAGCAAUGCAAAACCAUCCUACAGCUCAAAAGAAAUAAAAGACUUCAACAAAGACACAUUCUUAGCAUUGAAAAAUCAGGUGACAUUUGCCAAACAAUGUAUGGGUCUUCUCCACAAUCAGAUGAAGCAUGCCAUGGACACACUGAAUAUUUUGCAAGACCAAGUCAUAAAAGCCCAAUCUACUAUAGAUAAAUUAGAAGGAAAACAAGGAUCUCCAACUCCUUCACCCAAGAUAAACUCUGUGGUUUCCGUAGCAUCUGGUACUGAAUACCAUGAGCAGACAGAACACUCACCGGGAAUCCUAACUGGUCAGCGUAUGGUGGUUCUGGACGGAUCUGGACAAGCUAUGUAUGCUAUUGAGAAACCUCUUCACAGUCAUCACAUUCACGAAGGACCAUGCCCAUGUGUGUCAUGUGCUGGAUUACCAGGAAUUGGACACCAUGUUGUAGUUGAUGGACAAGUAUUUCCUGCCUGCACAGACCAGGCUGGCCAGGUUCUAGUGCAUCCUGGGGGUCCCAUCUACCCCUAUGCUAUUCCUGGAACUCCCACUGCCCUAAGAUCUCCAUCUAAGGGGAAUCACAAGUACGACCAUGAGUCCAGGCAAUCCAACACAGAAAACAUAGUAGACACUGUUAAAUCGUCAUCAUCAUCAUCAUCUUCAGAUAAUCAGGCAGUUACUGUAGAUACCCCUAAACACAGCAAAAAGUCUACCAAGUCAUCAUCGCCCAUUGCAACCCAGCUGCUUCAGGUGAUUGACGUGUUGAAUGCUGAUGAUGAUGACUCUGAUAAGAUCCAAAGGGGGCAGUCCCAUCGACUGCAAGGACAAAUGCAAAGUGGUGAACCUUUUAAAGACCCACUUCCCUAUUCCAUCUACUCACCACCAGCCAGCCGCCAUGGUGUUGGCCGUCGCAGUCGCAAGCAGGACAUGUCUCCAGUCAAAAAGGAAGAUAGCAGACAUUUUGAAAGUAAUGCUACUUCACUUUCUCAUUCUCAAGAAUCCUCCACUCUAGGCAUGAUGCGAGUACCGCCACCCGUUCUGGCCUCUACUCUAGAACCAGAGUUCCUGGUAGUUCCUGGUAGUAGUUAUUUCUGGGAGAGCCCCACCUCUGGAAGCGAUCAGCAUGGCAACCCUGGGGCAGGUCCCAGCCUUGGCAAGGGCGUGGAAGCAGGGUCAGGGGAUGAUAGCUUAAAGGCCGAGGUAGACGGGGGCCAAGUCUGUACAAGCUCCAUCACGUCUCAGUCCCAGGUAUCCGAUAUCUGCUUGUCCAAAAGCUCAUCUGUUUCUUCCAACUGCGAGAAGUCCGCUGCGCGCCACUCAGACAACGCGGGCGCUAACUCAUCCGCUGACCGCAGGCGCGAGGAGAUGAAUGUUGUGUUCUGUGGUGCCAGCAGUGUACGCCACAAUGGCGGACCAACUAUUUCUAGCGUGUGUUCAAUCGCGACCGCGACCUGUAAUGUUCCUACGGACUCCCCAGUGAUAAAGGACCCUGUCAUGUCAAAAUCCUCAAAGUCUUCCCCGCUCAACUCCGCCUUUCCCCAGCUAACGGAUCCUCAAGUUGAUGUGUCAGCUGUAACUCGUGUCACUCGUGCGCACAAGCCUUCGCCGUUGAAUUCACUGGUAACCUCUGCUGACACUGAAGUAUCGCAGGCGCACAUGACCAGAUCGACAGCUUUGCGCGCCUCUCACGCAUCACCGCUCAAUUCAUUGAUCGUCGGCUUACAGUCGGGACAGAGUUCGACAGAUACUGUAUCCACGGCGCUGAGGCAGACGCCAGCUAUAACGCAUGCGCAGGCUGACAACGCCGCUGACAAGUCGCAUCACGUACCGGCUUACUCCCUAGCUCAGAUAAGUGGUUCGGAGUGUACUUCUGCGAGACAAAACACCACAAAGAAGCCGAAUAUUUUGAACAGAAACCGCCACAACAAGCAGGAUAUUCCCGAAGGCAUUGUGGUACUCGUACCCACUAUAGAAGACGCAAAGAAACUUAUUCAUUCGACGGGGAGUAACAAGGACACGCCUGUGCUCGUACCACAAAAUAUACUGAACACUAUGAACGGGACCAAGGGCGGGGCCUCUGAGGGGGGAAGCUCUUUAGGGUCCAAAAGGCCUCACCCUAGUCAAGGGAGCUUUGAGUCCAGCGUUAAACGCAUCAAUACUGGCGCAGUAAUAAUCGACUAAAUUAGGUAGGGUUAUAAUAAACGAUUUAAGCAAUAAUAUGGAAUUAUUUUUGUUAAUAUUUUCCUCAGAUGACGUGCUUUUGCAGAAAGACCCUGUGCCCAAAUUCAUCGCUUUUGUUUAGCUGUGGAACCUCGAGAACUUCCUCUAUUUCCUGAAAUUUCUGUCAUAUUUCUCUCCUGGAUAUCUAUCCGUAUUUGGAACGUGUUAAUUUGAAAAUAAAUGGGUUUUUCUUUAUUAGAUGCGUAGGACGUUCACAUAGAGGGAAUGAUUAUCUUAUUGCCACAGGCCGAUCAGGCUUGGGGCCAACAUUAUACCAUUAAAGAAAACAACAACAUUUAAACACACUAUCUCGAUCAAAAUUUGCAUUUAUUUCCAUAACCUUUUGAUAUUGACAAGCAAAAAAUAUGAAAUAAGGUUGAUUGUUGUUGCCAAUAACAACCCGGCCAUAAGAACCUAUCUGCAUCAACAUAGAAGACAAAAAUCAAAUAAGUGUGACCGAGGUUCGAGUUCUGAAAUCAUUAUACUCUAAGUUAGUAUUAAACUGAAUGACAAAGGUUUAAUUGGUUGUUGGGUAAACGGAUUACAGUCAAGCAUUUCUUUUUUUGCUGCUGAAAAGAGGUUUCAAUUACA